GCCGCCGCUCCGCCAUGGGGAAGAAGCACAAGAAGCACAAAGCCGAGAAGGCGGAAUGGCGCUCGACCUCCGCCACGGCCUACGAUUAUGGGGACAAGCCUUUGGAAAAACCCUUAAAGCUGGUUCUUAAAGUUGGAGGCAGUGAAGUCACCGAACUCUCUGGGUCAGGGCAUGAUUCUAGUUACUAUGAUGAUAGAUCAGAUCAUGAGCGAGAACGACAUAAAGAAAAGAAGAAGAAAAAGAAGAAAAAGUCAGAGAAGGAAAAAGAAAAGCAUCUAGAUGAUGAGGAAAGAAGAAAGAGAAAGGAAGAGAAGAAGAGGAAAAGGGAGAAGGAGCAGUGUGACACUGAAGGAGAAACUGAUGACUUUGAUCCUGGGAAAAAGGUGGAGGUUGAACCUCCUCCAGAUCGUCCUGUCAGAGCAUGCAGAACUCAGCCAGCUGAAAAUGAGAGCACACCGAUCCAGCAAUUACUGGAACACUUCCUUCGACAGCUUCAGAGGAAAGAUCCUCAUGGGUUUUUUGCUUUUCCAGUCACGGAUGCCAUUGCUCCUGGAUAUUCCAUGAUAAUAAAACACCCUAUGGAUUUUGGUACGAUGAAGGAAAAAAUUGCAGCAAAUGAAUACAAAUCAGUCACUGAAUUCAAGGCAGAUUUUAAACUGAUGUGUGAUAAUGCAAUGACUUACAACAGACCAGAUACUGUUUACUACAAGCUAGCCAAGAAGAUACUGCACACAGGCUUUAAGAUGAUGAGCAAAGAACGGCUGUUAGCUUUGAAGCGCAGCAUGUCGUUUAUGCAGGACAUGGAUUUUUCUCAGCAGGCAGCUCUUUUGGGUGAUGAAGACACAGCAGUUGAAGAACCUGUUCCUGAAGUUGUUCCUGUACAAGCAGAGACUACCAAGAAAUCCAAAAAGCAAAAUAAAGAAGUUAUUAGAGAGAAAUUCUUAGCUAAGCAAAUGGAAGAAGAUAACCCAGGAGAGAAAAAUGGAUUUGGUGUGAGGAGAUGCUCUACCCAGUACCUAAGCUGCAUUUUUGAACCUGAGGGGAAUGCGUGCAGCCUGACAGACAGCACUGCUGAAGAACAUGUCCUGGCACUAGUGGAGCAUGCAGCAGAUGAAGCUCGGGAUAGGAUCAAUCGAUAUCUACCCAACAGCAAGAUUGGUUAUCUGAAAAAAAAUGGAGAUGGAACUUUAUUAUUUAGUGUAGUAAAUUCGUCUGAUCCAGAAGCAGAAGAGGAAGAAACUCAUCCAGUGGAUCUGAGUUCACUGUCAAGCAAAUUAUUACCUGGCUUCACUACGCUGGGCUUCAAAGAUGAACGAAGAAAUAAAGUAACCUUUCUUACCAGUGCCAAUACAGCACCUUCCUUGCAAAACAACUCUAUAUUUCAUGAUUUGAAACCAGAUGAGAUGGAGCUCCUAUACUCAGCAUAUGGUGAUGAAACUGGAAUCCAGUGUGCCUUAAGCUUACAGGAAUUUGUGAAGGAUGCCGGAAGUUACAGCAAGAAAAUAGUUGAUGAUCUUCUGGACCAGAUCACUAGUGGCGACCAUUCCAAAACUAUUUAUCAGCUAAAGCAGAGGCGAAACAUCCCAGUAAAACCACUGGAUGAAGUUAAAGUUCUGCCAGUUCUUAUAAAAGAGGAACACAAGUUGCGUAAUACCUGUCUGGAUUCUUCCAAACAGAUUAUGGUUGGAGAAUCUGCUGGAGACAGUAACACUUCUGACUUGGACUUUCUCUCCAUGAAGCCCUAUUCAGAUGUAUCUCUCGAUAUUUCUAUGUUAAGUUCGUUAGGAAAAGUGAAGAAGGAGCUUGAUCAUGAUGAUAACCAUCUACAUCUGGAUGAAACAACUAAACUGCUUCAGGACCUUCAUGAAGCUCAGGCUGACAGAGUGGGAUCCCGGCCAUCAUCCAAUUUGAGUUCUCUCUCCAAUACCUCUGAAAGAGACCAACACCAUCUUGGAAGCCCCUCUCAUCUGAGUGUUGGAGAACAGCAAGACAUGGUUCACGAUCCCUAUGAAUUUCUUCAGUCUCCAGAAACCUCAAAUGCUACUAGUAACUAAUCUGACAUGUACUAUAUUUAUUUUGUAUUUUAAUUGUAUUAUGUUUUUAUAAAGUUUUUGUCCAUGACAGAAACUGCAUUCUUGUCCUCUUUUCUAUGAGGAUUGCUGUAUAAUAUUAUCAUGUAUACAGGAUUAAACAAGCAAACAUACAAAAAAGCCUCAGUCCCAAAUUAAUUAGUGCAUAAUGUCAUUAGCAAUGUACCAAGAACUACUUUCAUUUUGUUUGUUAAGGAGAGUGUUACCUACUGGUGUGUGAGUUUUGACUGAAAACCAGCAAAUAAUGUGUUAGAAAAUCAUGUAUUUUAUAGACACUGAAAAGUGAUAAUUUUCCCAGAAUCAUGGCAGCAGUUGUUAAAUGUUUGCAGUACAAUUAUCAACCAGUUCUGUAGAUAAUUGUUCUGUUACCUACUGUUCAGGUUAAGACCUGAGCAUCUCCGAGGAGAAGCAAAGAACUGCCUAAAUUGAGAUCAUUAUUGUGUUUUCCAUCUCUUAAUGCUGAUAAUCUGAAGGAAUUGUUUUUAAACAUUUUAAACAUUCCCCAUAUUUUAAAAUCUUUUUUAAAUCUCUGUAGAGAGCACUUAAUUUGAGAGUGACAGUACUUGGUGGUUCCAGCAAAAUGCUCAUUUACAAAAUUUCUGCCCUGGAUUUGAAAAAGAUGAAUGUUUUUGGGAUCCCUUGUAUCUUGAAACACAAAGGAAAGAUAAUACUUGUAUUUUUUAAUAUGAUGUGUAUAUCUCAUAGGAUGGAAAAAAUACUGGAUAAGGUGUGCUUUUCAAUAACUCCAAAAUAAAAUUUUGGAUUUUAUAAUAAAUCAAUACUGAAACUGAGGGGUUUUGUACUAUGUGCAAGCAGACAAAUGUUAUCAAUUUACACUAUUUUGUAAAUAUUAAUAAAAAUAGAAAAGCA